AUGGGAUAUCGUGGACGAAGCGCAGGCUACAACCGCGGCGGCGGACGUGGCCGCGGCGGUGGUGGUCGUGGUAGAGGCCGGGGCGGUCGCGGCAGAGGAGGUAGAGGUGGUCGUGGUGGCGGCGGUGGCGGAGAUGGCGGUGAUCGCCCUCCACCAGGACUUCGCGGCAAAGACCUUGGCUUGUGGUAUGCGCGUCGGGGCCGCGAGAAGAAGGAGAAGAUUGAGGAAAGCACACGUGCACAAGUCAGGCUGACGCGCGAGCAAGAGAGCAGCAUCCAGCGUGUGCUCGGCGACGGCCGUGACCUCGACCUCCCGCGUGCUGACCCGUUCCGCACGAAGCACUACCACGAUGCAUUCGACCGGCCCGUCCCCGCGCUGCCCAAGGAUGAGGCCGCUGCUGUCUCCAAGCAGAUUGCAGAGGACCACACCGCCAAGACAAAGAACGCGUCAUUCGAGCGCCUGAAGCCCUUCCGCGAACGUCUUCCCUCGUUUAAAAUGCGUGCAGAAGUGCUUCGCGCUGUUCGCGACAAUCAAGUCAUUGUCAUCUCUGGCGAGACAGGGUGCGGCAAGACUACGCAGGUGCCCCAGUUCAUCCUCGACGACUGGAUCCAGGCCAACAAAGGGGCCGACUGCCGGAUUGUGUGCACGCAGCCGCGGCGCAUCAGCGCAACAUCUGUUGCCGAGCGCGUCGCUGCCGAGCGCGGCGAGCGGUGCGGUGGCGACACCUCCUCCACAGGCUACUCGAUCCGCCUUGACAGCAAGCUGCCGCGCACGCGUGGAAGCAUCACGUUCUGCACCACCGGAAUUCUCCUCCGCAGAAUGGUGUCAGACCCCAUGCUGGAGGGCAUCAGUCACGUGAUUCUUGAUGAGAUUCACGAGCGCGAUAUUCUGUCCGACUUUCUGCUCAUCAUCUUGAAGGACCUCCUUCCAAACCGCCCAGACCUCAGGGUGAUUUUGAUGUCUGCGACGGUGAAUGCAGAGACAUUCGCUGCCUACUUCAACAACGCCACCAUGCUUGAAAUUCCAGGCUUUGCGUACGAUGUGGAGGAGAUUUUCCUGGAAGAUUUUAUUGAGAAGACGCGAACGCAGAUUGCCCCGCCAUCGCGCUCGCCACGACGGCUGCGUGGAGAGGAGAGGGAGAAGUUUGAGGAGGAGCAGGACAACUACGACGAAUUCCUGCACAGCAUUCAGCCCAAGUACUCCCGAGCCACGCUUGAUUCCCUCUACAACUUCAACGCGAAUGACCAGAUUGACAUUGACCUGGUGAUGGGGGUGAUUGAGCACAUUGACAGCCAGGCGGCAGGCGCCGUGCUCUGCUUCCUCCCGGGCUGGGGAGAGAUCUCAGACCUUCACAAGAAACUGACGCAAUCCCCGCGUUUUGGAAACGCCUCCAAGUAUUGGGUGUUGCCUCUCCACUCCAUGAUUCCCCCACACGAACAGCGCAAGGUGUUUGACAACCCGCCGGCCGGUGUGCGGAAGAUUGUUCUGUCGACGAACAUUGCCGAAACGUCCAUCACCAUCGAUGACGUCGUGUAUGUCAUCAACACGGGAAAGGCAAAGGAGAAGAGCUACGACGCGACGAACCAGAUCUCGGCGCUGCAGGCAGAGUGGAUCAGUCGUGCGUCGUGCCGUCAACGCCGGGGCCGCGCCGGCCGCGUGCAGGAGGGUGUGUGCUACCACCUCUUCACGUGCUACCACCACCGCAACAUGAAGGAGUAUCAGGUUCCAGAGAUCCUGCGCACCUCCCUCGAAGAGCUCUGCCUUCAAAUCAAGAUGCUGCGGCUGGGCCUCGUGCGCCCGUUCUUGGCGAAAGCGCUGGAUGCGCCAGACGACAAGACUGUCGGCCAGGCCCUCACGCUCCUACACAACCUCGAUGCCCUCGACAGCAAGGAAAACCUCACCCCACUCGGCUACCAUCUGUCGCGGCUGCCGGUGAACCCGCGCAUUGGACGGAUGAUCAUUUUUGGGAGUCUGUUUGAGUGCCUUGACCCCGUGCUCACCAUCGCUGCGUCCCUCAGCUUCAAGGACCCAUUUGUCAUGCCAAUCAACAGGCAGGCGGAGGUGGACCGAGUGAAGAAGGAGUUUGCUGGCGAUUCCAAAAGCGAUCACAUUGCCUUUCUCCGUGCUUUCCACGGAUGGGAGCAGGCCUGGCGUGAGCAUCGGCAGCGGGAGUACUGCUGGGACAACUUCCUCUCCGGCAGCACGCUCAAGAUGAUCCGCGACAUGAAGACCCAGUUCCUCAACCUCCUCCAGGACAUCGGCUUUGUGGGUCGCACGCGUGAGGCCAUUUCCAAGUGCAACAUCAACAGCCGGAAUGAGAAGCUGGUCGUGGCUGUGCUCUGCGCAGGCCUCUACCCCAACGUCGCCAGCGUAUACCACUCGCAUGGCAAGGCGUUUGGCAAGCGGCCGCCGAAACUCAAGACGCGGGAGGAUGGCACUGUUGCCCUCCAUCCAAAGUCUGUCCUCGCUGACGAGACUGUCAUUCCAACCAAGUGGCUGGUGUACCAUCACAAGAUGAAGACGGUCAAGAUCUACCUCUAUGACGCGUCCAUGAUUCCACCUUUCCCCCUUAUCUUCUUCGGUGGCGACGUCAAAGUCACACGGGAGGGCGAGAACGAGCUGAUCGCCGUCGACGACUUUAUCAAGUUCCACUCCCCGGUCAACACGGCUCGACUGGUGCAAGGAUUGAAGGUGAAGCUGGACCAGGUAUUGAGCAGGAAGAUUGACGACCCGCGCCUCGACAUCCAGGAGACCAUGGGAACACUCAUCCCCGUCAUCGUGGACCUCAUCACAACCGAGGACGUGAGCGAGCGCGACUAUCUGCGCCAGCGCCGGCGCGCGGAAGACGAGUACUACCGCGCCCGCGACAAAUCCAGGCCCUCAUCCUCAUCCUCCUCCUCCUCGCGCGGUGGCCGUGGCGGCAGAGGUGGUGGCUACGGUCGUGGUCGUGGUCGUGGUGGCUACGGUCGUGGUCGUGGUGGUCGUUAUGGCGGUGCAUCGUAUCGUGAUGACGAUGAUGACGAGGACACGGCCCGCGCCAACCUUGAGGAAGAUCCAUACUGGGAUUAG